CGCUCUCUUUAAGAAACGUUAGAAACCAGACAUGAGCCGAUUAGAAUACCUUGGAAAAUAGAAGGGAAGAAAUUAUAGGGCUUCGUAGAGAGAGAGAGAGAGAGAGAGAGAGAGAGAGAGAGAGAGAGAGAGAGAUGGCUAGCUGUGGAUCCGACGUGAGAUUUUCGGAAUUGCACGACAACGAAUCAGAGGAACCUAAACGGGGCAUGGAGAACCGUAAGUUAAAGAUGAAGACGAUAUUGACACAAGUCGAAAAAUUGAAGGAGGAAACGGAAUCGGAAUCGGAAUCGGAAACAGGGAAGUUGAAGUUAAGGAUAAUCAAAUUGCUUAGACAAGUGAAGAAAUUGCAAAAGGAGGAAUCUGAAUUAGUUACGAAGACGAGCGAGUCAAGGAUGAGUAAGAAGGGGAUCGUUCGGCUAUUUAUGUUCGGCCGACCUGUGGCCAAGCUUUUGUAUGACCGAGAUUCCUCCGGCAAAGAUGAUGAUCCCAUACUCCUGCAUGAUCUCAAUGUUUAUGCUCAACUAGCAACCAAUGCCUACAACAAAAAAAACUCUAGUAAAUACAAGUUGGUGGAAGUGGUGGGAGCAUCCAGAAGUCUACCCAUCACUUACCGUCACACAUUGUAUUUGACGUUUACCGCCAAGUGCGAUGAUGAUGAUGAUGCCUCUGCCAAAACUUUCCAGACAGAGAUGCUAUUUGGAAUCGAUCAUAUUGGCAUACUAUCCGUUGAUAUUGUCGAUGCAAGUGCAAUUUCACAUCCUGCUGCUUAGCUGUUAUAGGCACUCAUUGCUUUGAAGAAAGGAACACAGCUAACCAAGUAUAGCUGGAAAGGGAAGCGCAAGUUUUGUACAUUUAGACUUUCUCGAGUAAGAAAUUAUCCUUUCCCUCACCUUUACCACGACAAAGUUUUUCUGUAUUCAUUUAACUUUGCUGUCGCAUGUUAACGCAAAUUUAUAUGAUGCAACUUAUCUCUUCCUUCCGA